AUGUUUGAAAGUGGAGAAAGGCAUACGCUUAGACAUACUAAACACGCGGACUUAAGACCGACGCAUCUACGAGCUCCAACAGAUCGGUCCAGCAAGAGACCGUCUUUAGAAGAAGUUAGAGGGAAAAAUCAAAGCCGAGUUUUUAUCACUCCCCGACCGGACGAUGGACCAUCUUGGUCGGGACGGGACCCACUUACGCCUUAUGGUCCAGAUGAUGAAGUUAUUGAACUCAUGGCUCUAUUGUUUCCGGGUGAGUUUACGAAGCAAUGGGAACAACUUAAGUCGUUCGAACAUGUGAAAGAAGCAGCGUGGCCUGAGGAUGCUAAGAAGUGGAUGUACCAAGAGAUCCCCAAAAACUUUCGAGCUAGAGCGUACAGUGCGUUAUCACCAUUAUCACCACUCCAUUAUCACCACUCUCUUCGUGACAAUGCUACUAAACUGACUAUGUCGCACGAAGAUCUCAUGAUCUCUGGGGAAUAUCUACUUGCAUUAUUCCAAAGUAGGGAUGACCGAGAGUGCUGGAGGCUCUAUCAGUUUAAAAUUGAUGCGGAAGUUUGCUGGCAGAAUAAAUCAUUCGACGAUCUCUGGGCCGACUUCAUAGCAGAAGAAGGCCUUUGGGAAUUGGACCUCCAAUGGAAAGGCCCAGAAGACUAUCGGAACCCAAUUACCAGUAGAGUCCAAGCGGAAGUCUUCAGACGUUUCUCGACUUUGAAACACAAACCUGCAACUCACGCACGCCCUCACCACCGGUCGCAUAUGCGGAUCCGUUGA